GGACAGGAAGGAAAACUGAACAGUCUAAUCAGACACACUAUGCAUCUGUGAUUUAUGCAAGGCAGCCUGCCCAGAGCAAAAAAAAAACAAGGCAUUUCUGUGCCUGGGAAGUUGCAACGGCGCUUAGUGUUUCUUUUUCCAUCAAGAGUCGCUGGUUUAUAGGAACGUUGUUCCAAAAAUGUUCAGUUAACCUCGAAGACGGGCUGAAGAUCCAUCUUGCUUGCGUUUUCUCUGGAAGUGCAGUGAAGCGAUUUGCUCUGUUAUUUUAUGGCCAAGUAAGAUCCAGUGGCAGAGGAGGAGUUGAUUUCAAGCAGAGAUAAUCGUUCAAGGGAACGGUCGUGGCAGGCUAUCAAUACAAUUAGGCUUGAAGGUUUUUUUUUAACUUACAUGGCUUAUUGGUGUAUUUAAAGGAAAUCUGGGCCAUCACCUCCGAGAGACAGUCUCUGGGUUUAAUCUGCUGUUUGUCUCCAGUAAUUGUUUCCCACUUGUAUUUAAUUAACGUAGUCAAAGGACUGAUCCUUUUCACUCCUUUAAUAGAGUUGCAGAAGGUUGCAAAAUAACGUCAGCAACGAUUUUUAAAAUCUAUAUAUUUAACAAAAUCAGUCUGGAUUUCAUCAUAAGACUCCUGUCAGCGAACAUGAGGCUGAAGAGGAAUGGAUCGUACACAUUGCACAGAGCAGUCGAGGAGGAAGUUAGUGCAGAUCUUGGGAACAGCAUGUGAAGACCAAGAGGAGGUAAACAGACCAGCUGCAAGCUCGAUGGACAUCCUGUUCUGCUUCGAUUGCGUCUUGUUUAGGAAGUCAAAGACUAAACCAAACGGUAAAAAAACAGCAGCAGAGGAGAAGAAAUUAUAUCUGGAGCCUGAAUAUACCAAAGCAAGAAUAACAGAUUUCAACUUUAAAGAGCUGGUGACUUUGCCACGUGAAAUUGACCUGAAUGAAUGGCUAGCUAGCAAUACAACAACAUUCUUCAACCAUAUAAACCUACAGUACAGCACCAUCUCUGAGUUCUGCACUGGAGAUACAUGUCAAACGAUGACUGUGUGUAAUACGCAAUAUUACUGGUACGAUGAAAGGGGAAAGAAAAUCAAGUGCACAGCCCCACAGUAUGUGGACUUUGUAAUGACUUCUGUACAAAAAUUUGUGACAGAUGAAGAUAUUUUUCCAACAAAAUAUGGCAAAGAAUUUCCAAACUCCUUUGAGUCUUUAGUUAAAAAGAUCUGCAGGUAUCUGUUCCAUGUACUGACUCACAUCUACUGGGCUCAUUUUAAGGAGACUGUUGCAUUGGAACUGCACGGACAUUUAAACGCACUGUAUAUGCAUUUCAUGUUAUUUAUAAGGGAAUUCAAUUUGGUAGAUCCCAAGGAAACACUUGUCAUGGAAGACCUGACUGAAAUUCUCUACAGCAACGCAGCAGCACAGAACCACGUCAAGGAAAGAUGAGCCACAUGCAGAGGAAAGACAUUUGAUCAUGAAGACUGUGGGACUUAACUGAAAUGUGCAGGAUCAAGUGUGGAAUCUCAUUUCACACUCUAAGUGCAGUGUUUACUUUUUAGGAAAGAACCACGUUUGACAUGUGAAGAUGCUUUCUAGAAUGGUGGUACUGCCAUUUUUAAUAUAUUAUGAUAUGUUAUUAAAAAAUGACUAACUUUGAAGUGGCAUGCUGGCAAACAUGCUCUGUUAACUGCUUCUCCCCUACUGAGUAGGAAUGAAAUGGAUAAGCCUUGGUUUUAGCCCAGGAAAAUAGAGGUUGGAAUUUGUAUGGUUAUAAUCUUGGAAUACUGGAGCUAUCAUGUUGCUCUGGCAACUAAUCAAGUACCUCUCAAUUAUUAUUGCUUGGACCAGUUACGCACGACAGGAAUAAUUUUUCUUAGCACAUUCUAUGUGCAAGCUCCAUAGUUAUAUUUUAAAAGAAAACUUAAACAUGCAGCUUAUAACAGUAUUUUGGCUUGCAUUCAGACCUGUGGGAUGAAAAUUAUUUUUCCCUCAUUAAGCAAUUCUAUACUCAGUUAACCUUGCAGAUUAGCCUCACUCUAGAUAAAUAGGCAAAGGCAGUGCUGCUGGGGAGCAGAUAGCAUGUAAAGGUGGGCACUGCAGUCAAGCCUGGUUCAGUACCACAUGAGGGCCUCUGCUCUGGCACAUUUUAAUGGUGAGCUCUUGUUGCUUCUCACCCUUGCUCAGCUAUCUGGGAAAUUUUCCUGAUCAGGCAGAAAGGGGAAAGUCAGUCUGAUGUUCCUUCAAAGGUAGCCACUUCAGGGUGUACACACAUUUCUUUGUAAAUACUGUUUAAAGUUGAAGUUGGCGUGCUGUAUGUGAAUGCAAAUAGCAAGCUUAGUUUUUCCAUCAGUUCAUUAUUGAUUUAUGAUUUUUUUUCAUUUUCUGUUAUAAUGCUUCUUCUAAGUUUAGCCAAGUAGCUCACCCUCUAGUUUGUUAGGAAUUUAAAAAAGAGGAGGAUUGAGGAUCAAUACACAGAUUUCCAAUCUCAGUUGCCUCAUUUUUGGUUUUAAACUGAGGAGCAGCACACAAUAUUUCAUUUUAAUUAUCAUUUUAUUUAGAAGUGUAGGUUUUUUUUGCUGUUUUAAGUUUUUGUGUUGAAACAUGGUGCACUUGAACCUUGUUAGUUGUAGUCAACCUUGGUUUCCAGGUGUUUUCGAGCAAAUUUAUUUUGUUUUUGGCUUCAUUAAUAUAAAAUUGCAAAUAAAAAUAGUGAUUAUAAAACAA